AUGGAGUCCAAGUCCAACCUCUUUGACCGCAAUGCCUCCUACUCGUGCCUCUCGGGCUUGGUAGGGGAGGGCGAGGAAGAAGAGAAGCUGCCAGAGCCCCGGCGCAGCAAAAGCUACUCGAAGAUUCGGCACCUGGAGGGCCUGGACUACGAGUCGAAGAACUUGGACGUGCCGAUCGUGGUGGUCUCUUCCGAGGUGGAGCCGUGGUCGAAGUCUGGAGGGCUCGCAAUCGUGGCAGGCGCCUAUGGCUACGAGUUCGCCAUGCGCGGGCAUCGCACAAUGGUCGUUUCCCCGAUGUACGACGACUACCCAGGCCUCGUGUGGCUCGCGGACAAGGAUGUCCAGUUCUACGGGGGCAACCACCGCAUCAAGUAUUUCCUCUUGCGCAAGGAGCAUACGAAGCAGGCUGGUGGCCCGACCACGGACUACGUGUUUGUGCACCUUGAUUGCUUUCGCCGCGGAGGGGGACUGUACCACGAUCAGAACGGCGAGUACGGAGAUAACCUCUUCCGCUUCGGGCUGUUCUCAUUGGCUGCGUUGGAAGCUCCGCUGUGCUGUAACAUCGGGGGCUCGACAUACGGAGACAAGUGCCUCUUCAUGGCCAACGACUGGCAGGCUGGCUUGGUGCCAGUGAUGUUGGCACACAAGUUUCGAAAGCACGGCACCUACCAGCAUGCUCGGUCCAUCUUCGUGGUGCACAACAUGGGCUAUCAGGGAGCCUACCCGUGGACGGGUUCGGAGCUAGAGAACUUGACCUUGCCUGACUCUGCCCACGACAACCUCUUCUUCACCUACCCAGAGCACAUGCGCACUCACUCCCUGGACAGGGGCCACUGCAUUAACUUGACGUUAGGAGCGCUGAUCACUUGCGAUAGGGUGCUGACGGUUUCCGCUAACUAUGCACACGAGAUAUGCACCGACGAGGGUGGCUUCUUGAUGCAGGACGUUUGCAGGGGCAAGGGCAUCUAUCUGGCAGGUAUACAGAAUGGAAUCGAGGACACGUGGGACCCGACGAGCGAUACUAAAAUAGCGGCCACCUACUCGGCGGAGGACUUGACGGGCAAGGCCGCUUGCAAGAAGGCCCUUCAACAGGCCCUCGGCUUGAAUCAGGAGGAGGACACGGCUUUGGUCGGGUUUGUGGGCCGGCUCACGACCCAGAAGGGCGUUGACAUUUUGCAGGACGGCGUGGUGGACUGGAUGCUGCGGGACGAGGGGAACGGCGUGACAGGCCGCGUGCAAGUGAUCCUGAUGGGGAAUGGCGACGCGCACUUGUCCGAAUGGUUGAAGACGAUGGAAAAUCAGAACAAGGGCCGGGUGUGCGGGUACGCAGGCUUCGACCCCAAGGUGGAGAGACUCAUGAUGGCAGGCUGCGAUUUCUUGCUCAUGCCCUCACGCUACGAGCCGUGCGGGAUUCCUCAGAUGGUUGCCCUCACCUACGGCACAGUGCCCGUGGUGCACGCCACGGGUGGCCUGAAGGACAGCGUGAAAGACGCACGCUCCACGGACCCCGCAGUGACCUCGGUCGCCAACGGGUACUACGUGCUGCCGCUCACGUCGGACAAGUGGAAGGAGGUGAUGUGGGUCGCGCUGGAGACCUACCACAAGAACCGCCCAGAGCACACCCGCUUGAUGAAGAAUGGCAUGGCCUGCAACUUCUAUUGGCCAAUGGCUGUUCAGGAGUACGAGAAGCACAUCGACUACACGAUGGGGGAUCCUCCACUCUACAAGUGCUGA